AUGCAGGUGCUGCUGCAGCAUUCGGGCCGCCCCGUACAGCACCACCACCUGGCCUUCCACCAUCUGGAAUUAGUCGUCCCGGCUUUGCUCAAGUACUCGGUCCGCCCCAUCCAGAACCUCCACGUGGCCUUCCACCACCUGGAAUUGGUCGUCCCGGUAGGCCAGAUCGGAUGCUUCAUUGUGACGCCGACCACAUGUGGUGCUGAACUAGUCGGUCCACCUCGUCCAGCACCUCCACCUGGCCUUCCGCCACCUAGAAUGAGGGGUCCCGAACUACGCACACCGCGCCAAGCGCAAGAGCAGUGCGUGUUAACACCGUUAGAGCCCUGGGAAUAUUGCCAUUUUGGGCUUAAAGCUGGGCUGCUACGCAUACUGUGUCAUGUCGAACACCCGCCUUCUGUGAUCCCCUUGUCGUUCAACAUAGACGGUCUUCCGUUAUCGAAAAGUUCGAAAAUGCAGUUGUGGCCUAUUCAGUGUAUUGCCCAUGGCUGUGGCGAUGGAACACCGUUUCUUGUUGGUGCCUUUGCUGGGCUGUCAAAGCCAGCAUCCUCGUGGGAGUUUCUGAGGCCAUUCGUUGUAGAGUUACAAGAAUUGAUUUCGGAAGGUGUUGCUGUAGAUGGCAGUGUUGCUCAAGUUAGUAUGGCAUAUGCAAUCGUUGAGUUUUUGGCCCUGCGAGAAGUUGAAGUGGUACCAUCAACAUGGAUAAAAGGGAAUCGGUGUGCCUGGCCACCAGAGCACAUUAAAGGAGACAAGAUUGUCACAAUGGUAAAAAAAGCAGCAAUGCCGGAUGCUUCCUGGAAAUGCCUUGAGCUGUCUGUAAAGGGGCUGUUUGGAACCUACGAGUUGGCAAGGAGAAAGCUCAACCGAAGUGAACGGGACUCAGAUUUGAACAAAGACUCGGAUGUUCCACGGAAGAGAUCAAGGAAACCACCUCAGCCAUGGUCAGACUCUGAUGACUCCGAGGCAUCACAAACACCAGCUAAAACGCAACAAAAAGGAGCAGUGCCUGUUCCUAGGAAUUUCCCACUGGGAUUGGCCUCUGCUGAAUGUGGAGAACAAUCUGAAGGCUGCAGUGAAAGUGAUUUUCAGGAAUUGGCAUCACUUUGUGAGAAGGACACCUCUUGUGUGGGUCAAGAACGCUCGUGACCAUUUGACUCAUCACCCGCGAGAGAUCAAGGUAACUCAUUGAUAACACUUUUGUAUAUAAGGGAAAAUAUGGGGGAUGAUCGUGUAAACCAG